AUGACAGAAUUGAUAUUUGAAAACUAUUGUAUAAAUUGUGAAAAAUUGUGUAACUCCAGUUCAAUCUACUGUUCAAAUAAUUGUGCAUCAAAUGAUGCUUCCCAUAUAACGUAUUCCAAUUCAAAUUAUACUUAUUCUCCAUUAUUAUCACCAAUACCCCAUGAUUUCACUGAUAGCAUGGAAGAUUUAGUUAACGAUGAAAUAAAUUUAAAUUAUAAUUUAUCAAGUAAUAAUGAAAGUUUGAUAUCGACUUCCAAUAACUAUAAAAAAUGGUUAAAUUUGUAUGUUAAGUAA